AGGUGUGUCCAUAUCUUCGCAGGUCCAUUGAUUCCACGUCUUGUUGUAAACAGAUCAAGCCUUCUGUUAGCCUGCUGCCCGUCCAGAGCUUUUGUGUUGAUCAUAAUUUAGAUAGCGAAAAUGAGUGAAAACGGUGCAUCCGGACGAAAAGUAGCCCUUAUCACAGGAAUUACAGGCCAAGAUGGAUCAUAUCUUGCAGAGUUUUUGCUUGGCAAGGGAUAUGAGACGAAUGCAUAGGGAGUACAGGUGGUGAAUCGUCAAGAGGAGGCAUGCAUCUUCACUAUGGAGACAUGACAGACAGCACAUGUUUGGUGAAGAUCGUCAGCGAAGUCCAGCCCACAGAGAUCUACAACUUGGCUGCCCAGAGUCACGUCAAGGUGUCGUUUGAGCUGGCCGAGUACACUGCAGACGUUGAUGCAGUUGGAACCCUCAGGUUAUUGGAUGCCAUCAGGACGUGUCGACUGACUGACCAUGUGCGCUUCUAUCAGGCUUCUACUAGUGAGCUGUAUGGAAAAGUACAGGAGGUGCCCCAGUCAGAGACCACACCUUUCUAUCCUCGCUCACCCUACGGUGUGGCCAAGCUGUACGCCUACUGGAUUUUGGUGAACUACCGAGAGGCCUACAACAUGUUUGCCUGCAACGGGAUCUUGUUCAAUCAUGAGAGUCCUAGAAGAGGUGAAACUUUUGUGACUCGUAAAAUCACCCGUGCUGUGGCCAAGAUUACACUAGGACAGCAGAAGGAUCUAGAAUUGGGCAAUUUGAAUGCCAAGCGUGACUGGGGCCACGCCAAAGAUUAUGUUGAGGCUAUGUGGCUAAUGCUGCAGGCUGAAACUCCAGAGGACUUUGUGGUGGCUACUGGGGAGACCCACAGCGUGCGGGAGUUUGUGGAGGCGGCCUUCAAGUGUGUGGGCAAGACCAUCGAGUGGGAAGGCAAGGGUGUGAAUGAAAUCGGAAAAGACAAGGAAUCGGGAAAUGUUUUAGUAAAAAUUAACCCACGAUACUACAGACCCACAGAAGUGGAACUUCUGCUGGGCGACCCGACAAAGGCGAAGGACAAACUCAAGUGGGAGACCAAGUACGACUUCCAGAUGUUGGUGAAGGAGAUGGUGGAGGCAGAUCUCAAUCUGAUGAGGACCAAUCCAACCGCUUAACAUGUGAGGCUGGAUGAACUGUGGUAGAGUGAGACAGACUGAAAUCUGUGCAUUGACAUCAAGUGUUUGCAAAUGUGUCUGCAGCUGAAGUUGACCAAAAGGAUUGAUUUCUAUAUAUGAAAAAGGUCUUAUUUCUCUCUACUGGGUAAAGCUGCAUUGUUGAAAGAGGUGGAGAACGCCAUCCUUGUCACAGAUUACUUCUGUUUUUGUUUUUAUUGAUGCAAAACUUAAAAAAGAAUAUUUGCUAGUGUUGGGGUAUAAAAUAAAAAGUUUCCGGUUCGAGGUGCUGGUGUAUUGACGCACUUAAACCUGUCAUUACUUUCAGGACUGAUGGGGUCCUUUUUUCUCUUGUUUUAUUGUAAAGUAUUCCUUUCAAUGAUUUUAUCUUAUGCUCAUAAAGGUUUAUUCUUGCCAUAAGUGUUCCUGAAACUGUUGUUUGAAGGCAUACCCAUGUAAAUAAGAUGUAAUGCAUAGUUAUUUUGCUGUGUAGUGUUUAGCUGAUAUUUAGUUCAAUUCUGUGU